AUGGCGUCAAUACCAGUUACCGUUAGCCACCAAGGCACCAAGUACCAAGUCGAGGUCGACACUUCGUCCAACGGCGAGACCUUCAAGUAUCAGCUCUACAGCCUGACCGGCGUCGAGCCCGAGCGACAGAAGAUCCUGGUGAAGGGCAAGCAGGUCAAGGAUGAUGACGACAUGGCCAAGUUCGGCCUCAAGGCGGGCGCGACCCUCAUGAUGAUGGGAAAGCCCUCCGGAGAGAACGCCGAUCUCGCCCGACCCAAGGAAGCGGUCAAGUUCGUCGAGGACAUGACCGAAGCCGAAGCUGCUCAACAGGAGGGUGCUACGCCCGCUGGUCUCACCAACUUGGGCAACACCUGCUACCUCAACUCGACCCUCCAGACCCUCCGAUCGAUUCCCGAACUCCAGACAGCAUUGACCACACACAAGUCGGGUAGCGGCGGUGGCAGCAGCAGCUUUGGCAUGGGAUCGACCGACCUGGCUACCCAGCUGACGGACCUUUACAAGAACAUGUCGGAGACCCAGGGCAGCAUUCCCCCGCUCACCUUCCUGAGCACGCUGCGCAUGGUCUACCCCCAAUUCGCCGAAAAGUCCAAGACAGGAAACGGAUAUGCUCAGCAGGAUGCCGAGGAGGCCUGGUCUCAGAUUCUCAUUCAGCUGAAGCAGAAGCUUGCCGAGUCCGAAGGCUCCUCCUUCAUCGACAGAUACAUGGCUGGAGAGCUGCAGUCUACACUCGAGGCUGAUGAGCAAGCCGCCAGAGACGGCGGCGAGGAGCCCAUUAAGUCCAGCGAGACCUUCCUCAAACUCAACUGCCAUAUCGAUCAAACAAUCAACCACUUGCGUGAUGGUAUUCUGGCCGCUUUGACGGAGAAGCUGGAGAAGAAGUCGUCCGUGUUGGACAGAGACACCACCUACACCAAGAAGUCGCAGAUUUCUCGCCUGCCAAAGUACCUUACUGUUCAUUUUGUUCGCUUCUUCUGGAAGCGCGAGGUUCAGAAGAAGGCCAAGAUCAUGCGCAAGGUCACUUUCCCCCACGAGCUCGACGUCGUCGAAUUCUGUACCGAUGAGCUGAAGAAGGCGCUCAUCCCCGUCCGCGACAAGGUUCGCGAGAUCCGAAAGGAUGAGGAGGAUAUCGAGCGUGCCCGCAAGAGGCGCAAAAUCAACCCCAACGACCGGGGCGACAUUGCGGGAGCGUCCGGAGCUCCCAGCAAGGAGGAGAAGACGGCUUUGGCGAAGGCGAACGAGAAGAAGGCCGAGCGCGCUGGAAAGGUAGUUGCCACGACUUCUGAUGGCGAUGUUGAGAUGGAGGAGACAUUCAAGACCGACGCCGAAGUCGAGGCCGAGAAGGAUGCCGCCCUCCUCGCUGCCAAGAAGGAGCUCUAUGCACUUGUCAACCAGGAUCUGGCCAAGGACGAAGGCUCCAACCAGUCUGGAAUCUACGAGCUGCGCGGUGUCGUCACCCACCAGGGUGCCAGCGCCGACAGCGGUCACUACACUGCAUACGUCAAGAAGACUGCCCCUAUCGACCCCAAGACCGGCGCGAAGGGUGAGGAGGACGGCAAGUGGUGGUGGUUCAACGAUGACAAGGUUUCGGAGGUUACGUCAGACAAGAUCGAUGCUCUGGCGGGUGGUGGCGAGUCCCACUCUGCUUUGAUUCUUCUCUACAGAGCUAUUCCGCUGCCCACCGUCGAGGAGAAGUCGGAGUAG